AUGGUCUCGUUCGACGACUGCAAACACAAGACGUGGAACGUCAUGAUGCUGGUCGACAAGUGCCUCAGGAACAGCCCCCCGUUGAUGACCGUUUACUCGACGUCCGAGUUCGGCAACGCGCUGAUCUACGCCAUCAGCAUUUACACGACCAUUGGCUACGGUACGAUUUCGGUCAACAGCGUCAGUGGUCAGAUGGUGUCGAUUUUGUACGCGAUCGUCGGCAUUCCGCUGUUCUUUGCCCUCAUCUCCGACCUCGGCCAGGUGUUCCAGCGUUUCUUCAUCAAGGCGUUCCGCGCCGUGCGUCGUCUGCUGCGCACCACCGUGUUGUUCCGUCGCCUCCGACCGUCCCCCGUUGCCAACAAGAAGAACAAGGAGCGCAACUCCAGUCGCGAAAUGGCCCUCAUCUUCGCCUGUGCCGUAGGUCUGCAGAUUCUUUAUUUCGUCGGCGUGUCGAUCGUGUUCGCGCGCAUGGAACGGUGGGAGUUCUCGAAGAGUUUCUAUUUCUUGUUCCAGUCGAUUGCCCUCAUCGGCCUCGGCGACGUGUUUCCUCACAAACCGGUCUGCUUGCUUAUCAACGUCGCGUUCAUCAUGCUCGGCAUCGUGCUGCUGUCCAUGUGCUUUUUCAUCCUGCAGCAGAAGAUCAGAAAAAAGACCAGCGACUGGUCUCGACGGAUGCACCACAGCAUGCACACGUGGCGGUACUUACAGAACAGCUGUCAGGCGAGUCCGCGGGACAAGCUGUCGUCGUUCGGCGGCAGUCUCUGUCUCGCCCAUCGUCACUCGUUGCCUCCGCAUGGCUUCUGUUGCCGAAAGCACAGAAGAAUGCGAAAGACCUUCCGAUGGUCAUUGUGUUGUCGGUCCCCGUCGUCCGAAGAAGCCAGCAGCGUGCCUUCGCAGCCGCAGCUGCAAGCCUCGUGUAUAGUGAGGAAGUUUCCGUUCUACGGUGUCCUGCCGUUCGCACCGACGUCACCCCCGUCCUGCCAGUCCAAGCGGCCGUCCGUGGUGGUAAAGAAAACUUCGUACAUGCCUAUACCUCAUUCCGUCAUUGGCCUGGUGUCACUUACAACUUACUGCUGA